AUGCCUGCUGUACCCGUUGGGCCAACUGAAUUGGCUUCGCACGUGGCGGUAUGCGUACAAGGCUACGUUGUUACAGUUUCCUGCUGGAAGAAUGCUGCUGGAGGACCAGAUACGCUUCACACUGUAGGCCAACCUACAGUGAUGGAGAGGCAUCAAAAGAAGAAUACGAAGACAACAGUGGCAGGCCAACAAUCUAUUGUCGCAUUUCGUAAAGAUCAAAGGAUCGGAAUUCCAAUGCAGAAUGAUUAG